CUUAAAGUUAUCAGUUGGAAUGUAGCAGGCUUUAGAUCAGUAUUAACCAAAGGUUUUUCAGAUUAUGUAGUCAAAGAGAACCCAGAUAUCUUAUGUCUUCAAGAAACCAAAAUUAAACCAACCGAAGUUCAGAAAAGUUCAAUUCCAAGCGGAUACGAAUACCAUUUCGUCUCAGCCGAUCAAGCAGGCCACCACGGUACUGGUUUAUUAACUAAACUCAAACCAUUGUCAUUAAAGUUUGGUAUUGGUAUUGCUAAGCAUGAUACUGAAGGUCGUGUUAUCACCGCCGAAUAUGACGAUUUCUAUCUUGUAAAUACAUAUAUUCCAAAUUCAGGUUCAAGAGGUUUAAAGAAUUUAGAUUACCGUAUCAAAGAAUGGGACGUCGAUUUUCAAAAAUAUCUUGUCGAAUUAGAUAAAAAGAAACCAGUUGUUUGGUGUGGUGACUUGAAUGUUGCACACACUGAAAUUGAUUUAAAAAAUCCAAAAACAAAUACCAAGUCUGCUGGUUUUACAAUCCAAGAAAGAACAAGUUUUGGUGAUUUCUUAAAUAAAGGCUUUAUUGACAGUUACAGACAUUAUAAUCCAGGUAAAGAGGGAGCAUUCACUUUUUGGACAUAUAUGGGCGGUGCUAGAGCUAAAAAUGUUGGUUGGAGAUUAGAUUAUUUUGUUGUUUCAAAGAGAUAUAUCGAUUCAAUUAAAACUCCAUUCAUUAGAUCAACUGUAAUGGGUUCUGAUCAUUGUCCAAUU